AUGGCCGACAAUGCGCCUGCAGCCGCUGCAAGUAGUGUGAAGUGUAGUAGUGAUGGUGGUCAGCCUCGCGACAGUUUGCUAAUGUCCUCGAGCAGAAUGUUCAACCCAAACAACAACGUCCAGCAGCAGGGUGCCAGCGGCAGCGGCAACAGCGGUACUACCCCCGGGGGUGGUGUAGGAGGAGCAGGAGGAGCAGCAGCAGCAGCAGGCCCGAAUGCGGCGGCCGCCGGACCGAUCGACCGUCUCCGGAUGCUGUACCCGAACGUCAACGAAGCGGUCGACCCGCUGCCCCGCUCCUGGAGCCUGCAGGACAAGUGCAGCACCAUCGGGCUGACGCAAAACAAUCUCCGUGUUCACUACAAAGGAAUUGGCAAAUCACACACAGAUGCUGCCUCGGUGCGUACCGCUUAUCCGAUACCGGCCGCCUGCGGACUGUACUACUUCGAGGUGAAAAUCAUCUCGAAAGGCCGGGACGGCUACAUGGGCAUCGGGCUGACCCAUACCAACUUCAAGAUGAAUCGUCUGCCCGGGUGGGACAAGCAAUCGUACGGCUACCACGGUGACGACGGUCACUCGUUCUGCUCGUCCGGCAAUGGGCAACCGUACGGGCCCACCUUUACCACCGGUGAUAUUAUUGGUUGUGGCGUCAAUCUGGUCGACAAUACGUGUUUCUACACCAAGAACGGCCACCAUCUGGGCAUCGCUUUCAGAGAUCUGCCGCCCCGGUUAUACCCGACGGUCGGUCUGCAGACGCCCGGCGAGGUAGUCGAUGCCAACUUCGGUCAGGAACCGUUCAAGUUCGACAUCGAGGACAUGCUGAAAGAGCUGCGGGCCAGCACGAAGGCCACCAUCUACAACUUCCCACUGCCGGACGAUCAGGGCGACUGGACGGUGAUCCUGCACAAAAUGGUUUCCUCCUAUCUGGUCCAUCACGGGUACAGCUCGACGGCGGAAACGUUCGCCCGGAGCGCGGGCCAAACAUUACAGGAAGACAUGACAUCGAUUAAAAAUCGACAAAAAAUCAUAAAACUAGUGCUUUCCGGCCGCAUGGGACAAGCGAUCGAACAGACCAUUCGUCUCUAUCCGGGUCUGCUAGAGUCGAAUCAAAAUCUGCUGUUUAUGCUAAAGUGCCGACAGUUUAUCGAGAUGGUGAACGGAUCUGACUUUGACCUAGGUACUCCUUCGUCGCGUACGAGCCCAGUGCAAACAUCGGUGAUACAAUCAACAAAAAGUUAUCAAAACGGUAACACCAUUAUUCCGGAUAAUGCUGACAAUCAGGGAUACUUAAAAAAUAACGUCCUCAGUAAUAACACCAACAACAAUAAUGGCAGCUGCAUCGAAGACGACUACUCGAACGACGUCGAGAUGGAGAACGGCCACAGCAAUAAUAGCGCCACGAAUGGUUACAAAAACGGCAGUGCCGCCAAUCGAACGAACACGAACGAACUGGUAGAAGAGGAAGAGGAAGAGGCGGACACCGGCCGGGAUGAAGAUAUGGACGUGGACUCAUCGCUAUCGCCAAACUGUAAAUCGACGAGUGCCACGGCAAAAUCGGGUGUCGAGCGGAUGCUAGAGUUCGGUCGCGAACUGUUCCAGAUGAGCCAACGACUGGAGAAGGAACAUGGUGUUAAUGAAACUAAUCAAAAAAUGUUAGAGGAUGCAUUUAGUUUAUUAGCCUAUUCGAAUCCAUGGGCAAGUCCGCUCGGGUGGCAACUGUGCCCGUCGCGUCGUGAAGCUGUAUGUGCUGCUCUAAACUCUGCCAUAUUAGAAUCAAUGAAUUACUCAUGGCGACCACCGCUAGAGGUGUGCAUAGCGCACGCCUGCGAGCUGCUGCGCCUCAUGUCGAGCUCAUCGCUCGGUGCGUGCGCGUUUGUUAGCGUGGACGAUAUACUUGCUCAACAACAGCAACAUUGACUACGUCUGAUCCUUCAGUUAGCGCCUUACUUCAAUUUCUAAUCGAGAAACGUCGUCAACGUCAUCCCGUCGUCUUUUCGGCAACGUAUCCCCCCCACUACUCUAUUCACGCUUGUUUACAACGGACGCACCAACAACACGGCCGCAUGCAUCAGGAUCGCUCCAUACUAAAAUAUCCCACAUAGCCGCCAUGCCGGGCACGAUUUUAUUUGACGUGUUAUGAUUUACAUUCGUUUCUGUCGCAUGAUGCGCCAACUUCGAGCUGGUUAAUUUCUUCGAUCGAUCGAUAGCAAAGCUUGUGUAGCACUAUCAUUACAAAACCGACCACGAACCGAAUUACGUACAUCACAUCACGCCGUAGCAGCUAGUCGUAAGAGCGAGAAAUCAUAGAAAUUGGCCUGGACUAUCUGUACUAUUUGGUGUAAAACAUUUUACUUUGAGCCUUCAUUAAAGCAACCAAAAUAUCGAGUGCAAUUGAAAUAAUUCAACACACGAACUGGUUUGCCUGUUGGUGAACAUAUUUUAAUCUUUCAUGAAAUCCAACCAUCCGAUCGUUUCGCGGUGACUUAUCCACUUCCCCAAGCGUCUAAGGCUAAAAACACGCGCGAGAGAGAGAGAGAGAGAGAGGAAUGGUGAGUUCAUCUAUCAUCACAAAGAACUGGUAAUGUUUGGUAGGAGAAUAGGAGCACCCACACACAUACGCUCGGCAAGUAACACGGCAGUUUCUGAUCAAAGUUUGUGGCCCGACUUCGAAGAAAGGAUGUAUGAAGGUUGUGUGUAAAUUGCGGUCCAACGGUCGCUCGGCUGUAGUAUAACGACGAGAGAAGCACACGAGUUUAAAAGCGGCAGCAGUAGCUCACGUGAGUUUGAUAAUAACAAAAGAAGAGGAGGGGGGUAAAACACAGUAAUCAGAAUCGCGCUAUGUAAAACUGUAAAAGAAGAUACACUAAUAUUAGCCAUUAACACAGGUAAACCCGCAACGAUCGUAGAGGAGCAGCCCGUAGGAUUGAUAAUAAUAGUAAGGAUGAGGGAACAGAUGGCCCGAAAAAGAGGACGAAGGAUGAAGGGGAGGGUGAUGUACGCCCGUUUGUAAGUAAGAAAGCAAAUGCAAAUGAUCAGUUAGCAAGUAAGUGAUGAAUAUCGCGCGUUGUAAGUGUGCGGCGACGGCAUGUGGUGGUGUUUGUUUAGUUUUUGCAAUUGCGUGCGCCGAACGAACGUACGAAGAAAUGCAUCCUCCGCGCGCCUGGUGGUUAAAAUAAGCGGCUCUCACAAUAAUAACACACUUUCGAAAUAUAAAUAGUGAUCGUGAAUGGAGUAAUAUGCAUUGUGAGGCAUUCAUGAAAGACGCGAAAUCAGAGAAAAAGGGGGUUGCGGCGGGCGCAUGCUUUUGUUCUCUAGGUUAAAGCAAUAGGUGACGAUUGGGAGAGGGAAGAGGGCGGGAAGGGUGGUCUUUUUGCAAGCAAAGAAACAAUAGUGUUACUCUUCAGUGCUGUUCUAUUUCGCGCUUGUUUCGACAUGGUUUGGGUUUUGUUCAGAGUUCUCACCUCGUAUGGAUUUCGCGUUACACCAGUGUUUCACAUGCUUCAAUCUACACCCGGGGUAGAGCAAUUCAUUGUCCUUCCUACCAUUGGCCCCACCACGGAACACGGAAUAUAAUCGUUGUUUGACAAUUUUCCUUCUACAAAAGAGCUCUGAGCUAACCGCAAUAGUUUAAACAUAAAAUGCCACCAUUUUAACGUAAAUAAAUAUCAUCCCGCAAUAAUGUUACCAACAAUAACGAAUUUCUAAUUCAACGUUCUAUGGGCUCUCUGCAUAUCAAGCAGCCGAUAACAGUCUCCCCAUUUUUUGUAUGAAUUUAAAGCAAAACCCGCGUACCCACCACCAAGAGAAGAGGAGGAUCCCUUAAUUGUAUCUUCUUCUCCCUGUGUUUGUAUAAAUUGAUUUCAUGGUUCAUCUUAGAACUAUAGUUUCCUCUCGCCUUGGAUUUAACAGUAGUGUGUACGAUAAAUGAAGAAUAAUAUGUACAGAGAAGGAUGGAGCGGACGGACGAAGAAGGAUAUUUCAAUCCGAUUUUGUGUUUCUUGUACAUGACGCGAUCGCGAUCGUAACAGUAGUGAUCUUUUGCGUUAGUUACAUAUUGCUUUCUGGUAUGUGUGUUUUUUUAAUAUCACUGUUAUCUAAAUUUAGUUAAAUGUUAUUUUUUCUUUUCCGACGAUCCGGGGGUCAAUAGGAUGUGUCCUGUACAAAGAAGUAGGUCCACGAGCGUGCGUGUGUGUGUGUUUGUUUGUUUAGUGAGUAAGAGCAGCGGAAGGGGCCACACAAUAUGAAUGAAUGCACCACAAUAAGCAAUAGAACUAACAACGGCAGCAAGAGCAGCAGGGAGGUUAAACCUUAAUACAGGAACUCGCUUGUGUUAUCCGGAUAUGUGAGUUGUUUUUGUUUUCUUUUUGCAUAAUUUUGCGUUCUUUUUCAACUGUGUACGAAUCACUUGUGAACCGUGUAAUCGUUUAGUCGAUUCGUUACUGUGUUCUACAGGUUUUGCUUUUCUUUCUUGAGCUUCGGCGGUGAAACAAGAACGCGCAAGAAAUUUUCAAAUUUUCUCCUUUUUUAGAAUCGCGUUUUGUAGUAGAGAGAAACGUUCACGCCUAGACUCGUUUGAGAUGAUGUUUAAGUUGGUGAAAAACGAAACGAAAAAGCGGUAGAAAACGGCCAGAAAGUGCGAACGGUUAGAGGAGCGUAGUGGUGAUAGCGGUAGAAAAGCGGAAGGGAUACGAUCAAGCAAUCGAGUUCUAACGAAAAUUGCACGAAAUCGGAAGGAAGAUUGUAAUUUAGAGAAAAGAGGAAAAACGAUUGUGAAAACCCCCGAUAGGUAGCACGUAAGGCACGCGUGUAACAGCAAUGGAGUUAGGUUAAGUUUGGGAACAGCAGAACGGGAGUGUAGGGUUGGCAAAGAAAAACACACACACACACACACAUACUAAAGAUAAUAAGGCGAGCAGGAGAGGCAACGGUGGUCGUGGCUGGGGGAUCUUGGGGGUUGGUAUAGGGAAUUUAAGUAGUACAAGCCGUAAGCGAUCGAUUAUGGACGAUUUAAAGUUUGUAAAAUAUGUAAAUCCUCUCUUUCUUUGGUUCUGCGUGCCACACACACACACCUAUAUAUUGUCCUUUUGAACAUGUUCUUGAUCUGCUCAGGUUUCGUGAUUAGUGGUUUAUAGUAAAAAAA